CGUGUGCAUGUGCGUGUACGUGUGCGUGUACGUGUGUGUGUGUGCAGCGGUACACAGACACACGGUUCCCCGGGUAUCAGAGCACUUCUCUCCGGGCUCAGAGAACAUGGAGCUCUCGGCGAAGGGAGAUCGAGUUUUCGCCGCCGAAGCAAUCCUGAAACGCCGCAUCCGACAGGCGAGACUUGAGUACCUCGUGAAAUGGAAAGGAUGGGCGAUGAAGCACAGCACCUGGGAGCCAGAGGAGAACAUUCUGGACGACAGGCUGAUACUGGGCUUCGAGCGAAAGGAACGGGAGAGGGAGAUCCUCGGGCCGAAGAAACGAGGACCAAAACCCAAAAAACAGUCCAUGAAGGCUAACGCUCAGACCGGAGGAAGCCGAGCCUCAAACUCCCGCCUGCCUGCAGCUCGCUCUACACCGGGUCGAGCAAAUCCUUCCUCCUCCUCCUCUUCCUCUCCUCAUCCACCCUCCUCCUCCGUGGCUCCUUCUCCCAAGCUCAGCUCCCUGGCCACCACCCACAAGCUGAAGAAGGACAUCCACCGCUGCCACCGGAUGUCGCGCCGCCCGCUGCCGCGCCCCGACCCCUCGGCCGGGUCCUUCCCCGGUCAGACCUCCAAGAUCCACGUGUCCCCGUUCUCUGAAACCGUCCGGAUCCUCAACCGCAGAGUGAAGCCCCGGGAGGUGAAGAGAGGCCGCAUCAUCCUCAACCUGAAGGUUAUCGAUAAGCCGGUUCGAGGAGGUGCUUCUGGAAGGAAUCACACGGUCGGGGGUCGGCAGAACAUCCCGUCCCGAAACCGAAUCAUCGGGAAGAAAGCCGAGGGUCCUUACCGGCCCUUCCAUUCCCCACUGAAGAUGCUGGGCUUCCCCAUGUACGGGAAGCCAUUUGGGCUCCAGUGUGGAGGACCAGUGACCUUCAGCUCUGCCGAGUAUAACUCCGCCCCCUCCCAGCAUAACUCCUCCCCCUCCCCGUGUAACCCCUCCCCCUCCCAGCAUAACUCCUCCCCCUCCAGUUCAGAAGGAAAAUCCACAACAGGAGUCUCUCUCCCUCCUUCCUGCGAAGCUCCAGAGUCCAGUAACCCCGUUGGAGCCUCAUCGUCUUCCUCAGUGAAAGACCAGGAGGACGAGACCCCGAAAGGCAGGAAACGCCAGCUGCCCGACGACCAGAGCCCCGGCAACGAGACCCCUGCAGAACCCCAAAUAGCGGAGGGAAACCCCAACUGGCACCCUGAGAUGGCGCCCAGCUGUAAAGACGUGGUGGUUACUGACGUCACCUCCAACCUCCUCACCGUCACCAUUAAAGAGUUCCCCUCCCAAAACACCGCCCAGUCCGAAGACCCCGAGACAUAGGAGAGCACAUGUUCUGAAGGAAAACGUACCGAGACCCAGAAAGUCUGUUUGCAGCUCAUUUAAGAUAAGAUAAGACUUUAUUCAUCCCGAAGGAAAUUGUUUUGCCAGAGUUACACAAAUACAAUAAUCACAGCAAUAUGCCCUGUAGCGGCCUAAACCCCCAAAACACUCGUUUUUUCCAGAAGCCAUUUUGUAACUAUUGUCCACAUAAGCUAUAAUGCUAAUUAACACAACUUGUGCUAAUUGUACAAAAAUCCGGCAGUUUCUAUGUUCUGGAGACCCUACAGAUGGGUAUCGUAACACUUUGGGGUCUCAACACAGGACUCUAUGGGCUGCAGACAGACUCUAAAGGGACAUGGACAAAAGAGAAAGCCAGUUAUUUUCUCGAGUUACAGUCACAGAUACUGAGAGAAUCACGGACAUGAAUUCAUAGAUCGAUGCAGACUGGUUUACAGACUCUCUCGCUAUCUGUUUUGCAAAUUUAUGCUGAGUGUUAAUACCUCGUGCUGUAAACACAUUUUAGAGCCCCUUAGACGAGUGUAAUUUGUGAUAUAUGUGACAAUAUGAGUGAUAUAUCGAUUGUGCUUAAACAAAUAGCUCUUCACCCGUUGCCGAAAUGUCCUUAAAAUGAAGUCCGAGAGUCACAGGAAGUUGUUGCUUUUGUUGUCCAUGUCCCUUUAGUACCUCGGUACAAAUGCCAUUGAUGAAGGAGGACAAAUAUCAGUGUUGCCCCCCUCCUCCCUUGUCCCCUUAGGUGUGUUUAGUUUUGCAAUGAAUGAAAUGCAAAGUAACCAAACACCGCCCAGCCAUUGAAUAGUAAAAAGAAGAGCAUAUUUUUUUUAUAAGAAGUGUAUACAUUUGAAAACGGGCAGCUAAUACGCCCACAAAUUGCCAUAUUUCGUCCACUUGCACACAGCACUGACUCUGACUCGUGGAUGGAGGUGCCGUUUGUCUCCUCUCACACACACACACACACACACACUGGCUUCAGGUUGUGUGUGUGAGCUUUUAUCAGCCUGAAGGAAACAAAAGCCACUCUUUGAUCCACAGGGUGUGAAGCCCCUUCUUCCCUUUAGUCUCACAUUGCAUCCACACAGCGAGGUAAUCACAACGCACUUGACUGCAUCGAAAACAAUCGAUUUGUAUGUAGUUCAUGAAUAUUUGAAGGCCUUUUCCUCCUCCUCCUGCUCUCUUGAACGCAUAUACAUCCAGUAUUUAUAUGCACGCACAACCUGAAAAGCUAAAACAGUAAGUUAUUGCUCUCUCUCUCGCUUGCCUUGUAUUCUCACGUAUCCCCGCCUCCUGUCACUCGUCCGACUCGACUCUAAAAGUGAGUUUUCCUUCUUAGGGUUGGAUCUAAGGUCCACGAGCUGAACACACUUCAGGCCGAAGCUCCAACUAAACGCAGCUAAAUCAGUGUUUUAUUAUUCAGUGUGAACAUGUUUCCAUCACUUUCCUCUCCGUUUAGCUCGCUGUGCUUUUAUUAGACGUCUUUGCAAACACCCAGAUAACGCCCGACAUAUUGGACUGACAAAUCUCCACCGCUGACCCGAAACAACGCCAGAAAACCCCUUUAAUACAAACACAUCUCUAGGAUUCAAACCAUGAAACGGCAGAAAUACUACGCCCUCACGCCCUAAUUGAUUGUAUGUGUUACCAUUUUAAUUAUCUCUAAUAAUACAGAUGUAUCGGCCCUUUAGGAUUAAUGUAUGAGACGGUGUUAGGUCAUUAUCUUGUGAAAAUAAUCCAGUGGAAAACAUUCGUGGUUUUGAGAUAAUGCCGAAAAAUAAUUAGUGAUUGUGACAAUUUUAUUCUCGAGAUCAGAAGUUAAUUAUCUUAAUUAAACAAUUAGUGCAUUUUCCUAGAAACCAGGAUACAUCAUUAGGAGUAAUGGAACUUGAUUUAGAUAUUGAUUGAUAUAUCAUCACAUUAAUUAAUAAGAUUUUAUAUAUUUAUUAUUUUAAAAAUAAGUGCAAACAAACCUUGUGAUCCAUUGUAUCAAGAUGAAACCUUAUUUCUCAUUAUCUCUAAAUAACAGAUGUUGUUUCCCCAACAACACAGGAUCAUUUUCUAUAGACAACAAGAUAUUCACAUAAUCACAUUAAAGGUGGGAUAGGUACGUUUCAGAAACCGGCUUGAGUGCACUAAAAGUACACAGCCGAAAAUAAUCCGCCCCUUCCUUCAGACUUCCUUACAGAGCACCUCCUCCAACACACAUGAACGCGCACAUGACGUCAGCGGACUGGUGAAAGUGGCCUCCUGUUGCUGGCUAGCGCUGGCGAGUCAUUGAAGUACUGCUUCAAUGCACGCCCACUGACGGCACGCCCAAUGAGGGCACGAGAUACAUUUGUCCGUGCACGAGAUGGAAGGCUGACAGACAGGGCGGCAAUCCAAUCCGUUUAGCCGGGCCGGCUAAUGGCUAUUGGAUGUACUUUUACAGCGCUACGGCUUCCACAGAUGACAUUUUUUUAUGGAUUUUGUCAAAGCACUUCAGAUAUUCAUUGCUAUCGGGAUGUUAAGAGCAUUCCAUGGAAUAUAACAAAAAGUGUAUCUCGAGCCGGUUUCUGAAACUUACCUACCCCACCUUUAACGUACAGCAGGGUUCUGUCUGCACCCUCAAACAAAAUGCAGAUGUUCCUCGUAAAAUGUUAAAGUGAUGCCAGAAAACAAAAUGUCUGUUCCUCAAAAACGGCAUAAUUCCUCCAGAAAUCUGAGAAUCAAACGGAGCGUCAGACACAGAGACAGCUUGGUUUCUACGGAGCUCCAACGUCACUUUUUUGUUUACGUCAGGAGACAUCUUGUUUACGUCAGGAGACAUCUUGUUUACGUCAGGAGACAUCUUGUUUACGUCAGGAGACAUCUUGUAUUCGUCAGGAGACAUCUUAUAUGCGUCAGGAGACAUCUUGUAUGCGUCAGGAGACAUCUUGUAUGCGUCAUGAGACAUCUUGUUUACGUCAGGAGACAUCUUGUUUACGUCAGGAGACAUCUUGUAUUCGUCAGGAGACAUCUUGUAUACGUCAGGAGACAUCUUGAAUGCGUCAGGAGACAUCUUGUAUUCGUCAGGAGACAUCUUGUAUGCGUCAGGAGACAUCUUGUAU